AUGUCCGCAGAGAGCAACAUCCUCGAUGACUUAUUGUCCAGCAGUUUCCACGGUGACGAGGAGGGCGGGGCUGAGCCUGAUCACCACAGGAGGAAUUCACCUGGAGAUGAAUAUUCCACGUCUUGUCAGUCCCCGGCGAUGGACAGUCCAUUCACAUGUGCGGGCUGCGGUGGACGUGUGUGUGACCAAGUGAUCUUAUUGGCUGCAGGACAGGCGUGGCAUGGGGAGUGUCUUCGCUGCAGUCAGUGUCAGUGUGAACUUCAGACACAUCCGUCGCUGUACAGUCGGGAUGGCAGCAUCUACUGUCAGCAGGAUUACUACAGGUUAUUCGCCGUCGGUCAAUGUGCCCGCUGCUCUCAGCCAAUCCCGCCCUCUGCUAUGGUCAUGAGGUCAGGAGAGAUGACCUUUCACCCUCAGUGUUUUUCCUGUCAGGAAUGUGAUGUGACUUUUGUUCCUGGAAACCUGUACUGCGUGGAGGGGAGAAAACUCUACUGCUGGGCCCAUUACCAAACUGACAGAGAUCUGUCUCCAAAUCAUACACACCUGCUUCAGAACUCACACACCGACGGUGAGAGGGAGGAGCCAGGCAUCAGUCCUGAGAACCAAUUGGAUGACAGGCCCUCGGGGGGCGGGUCGUGGCGACGCGCUAAGCGAAUCAGGACUUGUUUUCGUACCGAGCAGCUUAGAGCGCUGGAAUCAUAUUUCAGUCAAAAACAUAAUCCUGAUGCCAAAGACUGGGCGUGUCUGUCCCAAAGAACCAGUUUACCAAAGAGAGUCUUGCAGGUGUGGUUUCAGAAUGCUCGAGCCAGGCUACGACGAUCCCUCUCCAAAGAAACUUCACAUGGGUGUGCCUCACCCCUCCCUCCAAAAGCUGAAACCAUGACGACUGUGGACAUGUCAGUGAUCGCCAUGACGACUGUGGACAUGUCCGGGAUCCCUCCCCACGCUGCUCAGAGCCUCCAGACCUCUACCAUCAACCAUCUGGAGUUCUCUUUACUUACUGGUCAGACCCAUACUGAAAACAGAGACACAUACAAUGGCUCUCUUCUUCUUAACCUCAGUACCCAGGAGGCACCUGGGCUCUCCCCAUUAGAGACCACAGACUUUAAUGAUCCCAGUGAGAGAAGUGGAUUUGACAGUGAUAUUGCUCCGUUCGGCUAUUACUGA